AUGGAGCUGCUUGAAAUGAAUAACUCAGACUACAGCCGAAACAUUACAGUUCAGUACUGCUUUCCUGACAAUAACGCAUCUUGCAGAAAGGAGGUGCGAGCAGGUCCUGCUUAUAUAUUUUUGUUCAUUGUUCUCUCAUGUGUUUCUGUGUUCACUGUGUUUCUGAACCUGCUGGUGAUCAUCUCCAUCUCUCACUUCAAGCAGCUCCACACCCCCACCAACCUGCUCAUCCUCUCUCUGGCUGCGGCGGACCUUCUCGUGGGGUUGCUUGUUAUGCCUGUGAAUAUAAUGCAAUUGAUUGACUCCUGCUGGUAUCUUGGACAAAUCGCAUGCUGGAUUUAUCCAAUAAUCAAUGAGAUCUCAUUGUUAGCAUCUCUCUAUUGCCUGGUUUUCAUUGCAGUUGACCGGUACAUUGCUAUUUGUGACCCUCUACUUUAUUCUGCUAGAAUGACAGUUUGUAAAACCGCUUUGUUCAUAGUUGUAGGAUGGUCUUUUGCCUCAUUGUACAUGAUCAUUUUUUUCUACUUUAAUGACCAUUUUCGUCAGUCUCAGUUAUCCUCUCAGUGUUAUGGAGAGUGUGUACUGGUCAUAAACUACUCUUGGGUAAUUACUGACCUAGUAUUGUCAUUUCUCACUCCUUGCUCUGUUAUACUGAUCUUGUAUUCAGUCAUUUUUCAUGUGGCAAGCCAUCAAGCUAAAGCUGUUAGAGCUGUAAUAAAUGGUGCCACAAACACACAUGGACGCAAAGUUUCAGGCUCUUCUGAAGCCAAAGCAGCAAAAAAAUUAGGCACUUUAAUUUUCAUUUAUCUUGCUUGCUUUAUACCUUACUAUUUAAGUUCUCUCUCAGUUAAAAGCAUGACAUCUCUGUCAAUGGUGUGGACUGUAUUUAGCUGGCUGAUAUACAUUAACUCCUCCAUGAAUCCAGUUAUGUAUGCCAUUUUCUACCCGUGGUUCAGAAAAUCAGCUAAAUAUAUUGUAACUUGUAGAAUAUUCACAUCCUCCUCAGCACGGUUUAAUUUAUCUACGGGUUAA